GUUAGAAUGGAUACAUUAUUAUUAGUUCCAAAGACUUAUCCAUUGCCACAUUCCAAGGAUAUAUCCAUUUUUACAGGCAUCGAUUCCUCCGCAGAGAUGGCCGAUGUCGAGUUGGAGCAGACGCUGUUCCAUGAGAAGAACGUUUGGAUCUACAAGGUGCCGCUGCUCACUGGCGACCCCCGCGCCGAUCAAUGGGACGUCGAGAAACCCCUCAUGACGGGGUCGCUGCGUGUCGCCCAGAUCAACGACAAUUGUUUCGUCAACCUGUACGAAGCGAACCAAACGUUAUUCGCCCAGUGCCCUGUGGAAAUCGACGCAACGCGCCCCUUGAGUGCGUUUGUCCAAGAUUGUGUCGACUCGUCGCGGUAUUUUGUCCUUCGAGUGGUCGAUGCAAAGUCCGGCCGACAAGCCUUUGUUGGCAUCGGUCUGCCAGAACGGUCUGCAGCGUUCAAUUUCAAAGCGGCUCUUCAAGACUUUGCAAAGUAUACACAGCGCACCCUGUCCCUCGAGCACAGCGCAUCAAAGACCAGUCCUCCGAAAGGCCUGAGUCUCCCGGAUGGUGCCAAAAUGCGGAUCCAAAUCGGUGGGAAAGCGCAAGUCGUCGUCGCAGGGUCGGAUUCCGCCGCCGCGACCCCACCUCCAGCGGACCUGUCGGCCUUCAAGAUUGCACCGCCGCCAGCGUCCAACCUCCCGUCAGACCCAACGCUCACCUCCGCAGCUGACGACGAAGAUUGGGGCGACUUCAAAUAAUCCAAACGUGCAUAUUUAGUCAUAC